CAGAGGCCGCGAGAGCGAGCACAGUUACUCCCGGCGAACGAGGAUAUGAUGAUGUGCUUUACCGGAGUUUGUCCGGGAAUUUCAUGAUUAAAAACGUCUCGGAAACCAUCUGGUCAACGCCGCUUAGAUGAAAUGAGCACACAAAGAGGAUUUUAAAGGUUUUUGAAGAGGAAGUAAACGUCGAGGAGCGUCUGGGUGAAAUUGAAAGACGUUAGGAUAUAAUAUAAACGGAACAUCACAGCAGACAGGGGGAGCAGUGAAGCUAUAAUCUGAGUAUGGGCCCUGAGGAGCUGCCUGACCUUAUGGACACGAUGUCGAGCACUCCUCCUCCCUCUCCUCGUCCUUCAUGUUCUUCAUUCUCACCUCCUCACUGCUCUCCACCAAUAUCUCCCUGUCCUCCGGCCGUGACCUUACGCUCUCCUGCUACUCGUCACCUGACUCAGAUUGACCCCUGGAGGAGACACAGCUGGGAACCUGGAGCCGUGGCACAGGGAUAUCCACCUAAUGACACGCGCAGUGUGAGUUUAGAAGAUCUGGACCCAGAUGAGAUGUCUUUAGUGCUGAACGGUGCACUGAGGUCAAAGAGAGCCCGUGAAGCCCAUCGCAGGUCUAUCACUCAAGCUUCCCUGACGUCACUUACAGAGGAGGAAGUUGGUGCGGAGUAUCAGGAACAUCAUCGAUCAGUGCUGGAGGAGCAGUCAAAUCAGAUGCAUGGCUGCAGUGUCUCCGCCCCCAGCCUGUGUAUGAUGCAACAGAUGCCUAAGAGCUCCGCCCCUCGUCCACGCUCCUACUGCCAUGAGAGUGUUUCAUACCACCAGAUUGGAGGUUCAUCUCACAGUAUAGACAGUGAGUAUGCUGCUCUGGGCUGGGAUAUAGAAGGAGGACAAAUAAAGGCUGAGGGGGAUGAAAGCAAAGACGCAUCAGGAAAUCCCCUGGGACGAACGCUGAGCUUCCUACGCAAGAUGACCGCUAUUCGCAAGAAGAAAGAACGUCAGGUUUGGAAAGACAUGAGGAAUAAGGAGAAGGAGCGCAUGAGGGAGCGGGAGAGAGAAGCCAGGGAGAGAGAGGCUCGCUACAGUAAUGGCCACCUCUUCAACUCUCUCACCGUGUCUGGAACCACGCUCUGCUCAGCCUGCAACAAGAGCAUCACCGCUAAGGAGGCCCUCAGUUGCCCGACUUGUAACGUCACCAUCCACAACCGCUGCAGGGACACGCUACCAAACUGUGUCAAAAUGAAACAAAAGCAACAGAAAAUGGCGCUGAUGAGGAACAAUUCGGCCUAUCAGAAUGUGACCCUGAGGAAUAAAGCCCAUUUAAAGGAAAGGCCGAGCUCUGCCAUUUACCCCUCAGACAGUCUUCGUCAGUCACUACUCGGAUCACGUCGCGGCCGGUCUUCCCUCUUGCUUUCCAAGAGCGUCUCCACCAAUAACAUUGCAGGUUUAAUGACUCUGAAUGAUGACUAUCCUCUGGGGCUGCGCAGGAUCUUGUCUCAAUCCACAGACUCACUCAACUUUAAGAGCAGGACCAUGUCCAUGGAGUCGCUCAAUGAUGAGGGAGAGGGCUACUUCAACUCUCUGCUGGAAGAUCUAGAGUUUGAAGGCCGGGAAUUUGAAGCAGAUUCCUGGAGCAUGGCGGUAGAUUCCACUUACUUGCAGACCCACCGUAAAGAUGUUAUCAAGAGACAGGACGUCAUCUAUGAGCUGAUCCAGACCGAGCUCCAUCACGUUCGAACCCUGCGGAUCAUGGAGGGCGUGUUCAGGCGCGGUAUGCUGGAGGAGGUGCAGCUGGAGCCGGGGGUCGUGCACGCACUGUUUCCCUGCCUGGAGCGCCUGUUGACGCUGCACACGCACUUCCUCACACAGCUCCUCGAACGGCGCGCUCACAGCCUGCAACCUGAAAGCGCAAACAAUUUCACCAUCACUCAGAUCAGCGAUGUGCUAAUAAAACAGUUCUCAGGUCAGUUGGCAGAUGAGAUGCUGAAGACGUAUUCUGAGUUCUGCAGUCGUCAUAUAAAGGCUGUCAAACUCUACAAAGAGCUGCUGGCCAGAGACAAGAGACUUCAGCUCUUUAUACGGAGGGUGAGUCGGGGUCCUCUACUGCGUCGUCACGGGUUCCAGGAGUGCAUCCUGUUGGUCACUCAGCGCAUCACUAAAUACCCUGUCCUGGUGCAACGUAUCUAUGACAACACCAAAGACAAUCCAGAGGAAGCUUCAGGUCUGUCACAGGCACUGUCUUGUAUACGGGAGCUGCUCAGUUCGGUGGACCAGCAGGUGUUGGAGCUAGAAAGGACACAUCGUCUGCAAGAGAUCCGCUCCCGGGUCGACCCGCGGGCUGAGGCCAAACUCCGCUCUGGAGCCCUGUUCAGACCGGCCGAACUGCUCCGGAGGCAGCUGAUACAUGAAGGCACGCUGCUUUGGAAAACGCCCAGCUCUCGGCUCAAAGAUGUUCAGGUUCUGUUGAUGACUGACAUUCUAGUAUUCUUGCAAGAGAAAGAUCAACGGUACAUCUUUGCCAGUUUGGAUAAGUCUGCUGUAGUGUCACUGCAGAGUCUGUUGGUCCGAGACAUAGCCAACCAGGAGCGAGGGUUGUUCCUGAUCAGCAGUGAGUCCAGCCCACCUGAGAUGUACGAGCUCUACGCAGCCUCUAAAGAUGACAGAAACACUUGGAUACGGCUCAUACAGCAAACCAUCAGCAGCUGUCCAUCAAGAGAAGAAUUCCCUCUUAUAGAAACAGAAGACAAGGCCCUUCUGCGGAGACUUAAAGCUGAUAUCCAGCAGAAGGACAGGGAGGUGUUAGAGCUGCUUCAGGAGCGGGUCACCCUGUUCUCUGACUUGGCGGAGGUCAUGGGAGGUUACGAGGUCAUGCUGCCGUCCUGUUCCAGGAACCUGUUCAGAGCCGAGUCUUCUCAGGCACUGCGCGGAGAACAGCUGCUCACGCAGGCCAUCACUGAGGUGGACAGAUUGACAGAGCUGAUUUUAGGAACCAGUUUUGAGGUUUCUCUGCCCUGCAGUUCCAACGGCCAUCACAACCACACUGGAGUGCUAGUAAUCAAUGGACAAGAGGUAUUAGUCAAUGGCUCUCAGGAGAACCAAGCUGCUCAGGAUGGCAAUGGAAAUCAAAUGGAGGACAAGACUCCAAGUGAGGAGGUGUCACAGAGGCUGGUGAAUCUCAGUGCUCAGUUACACGCUCUGCAGGGUGUGGUGAUCCGACAGGACUCCAUCUUAGAGCUCUGUCUACGAGAGAGCCCCAUCUCCCCGGCCACCCCAGGGGCUCGUACAGUUCGCUCUUUGUCCCGGGAUAGUGCAAGUGACAUGGGCUCGCUGGGUGAGCUGGCCCUGCUGCAACGGCAGCACAGUCUGCUGCAGGAGGAGCUCGGACGCCUCAGGGGAGCUGAGGGCAAACUCAGGGACAGCGAGAGGGCCAGAGCCCAGCUGGAGAAACAGCUCAGGGAUCUUAAGACCCAUAGCGCCACUCUAGGGAAUGGAGCUGGAACUACAGGAUCACAGGCGCCACCAACUCGCAGAGAGAGUGAUACUGACCCCAACACUGACACCCCAUUGGCUAGCCAGGAAUCGAUGGACCAAUCAGACGGCCUGCAGGAAUGCAGUGAUGUGGAAGUGGACGUGAUAUCUGAUGAUGACGAUGAUGACGACGAUGAGGUGGAUUCGAGGGUGUCACCUCGUUCAGAAAGCCCCAGAGAUCUGCAGGACAUUCCUGAAGAGAGCGAGUCCGCGACAGACCCCCGGGACCGCGAGGUCUCACACUGCUAAUAUUUUUUUCGAUUCUCAACCCAAGACUGGCCUGGAACAGACUAUAGACUCCAUGAGCAGGUCUUCCUCUGAACAGGGAAGAAUCUUACUUAGUUUAUGAAUAUUCAUUUCAUUAUAUACAUACAGUAUUUAGUUGUAUCCAGUAACUUUGCUUACAGCUUCUGUGUGGCCGUUUAUGACAUGUUAAUAUUCAACAUGUCUUCUUGGAAUCCAAUCAUAUGGCUUUUGACAUCCACGGAACAAUAAGGAUAUGCCAAAGCACCGUGAUGGAGAUGAAGUCAUGCAAAUAAUGGGACUUUGCACUUGACAGUGGGAUGAAACAGUUGUCUUAAGAUUCUGAAAGUAUCUGAAUAAACCAAACAUAACUGAUCCAGCUCAAGGGUAUCGGCAGAAUCCGUCCAGAUUUAUGUACUGUAUGUGAGAUGCUCAUCGCAGUGCUUUGUACCGAUGCUGGAGCACGCAAAACUUAUUUUUUUCUUUAAGUGUAACGUUCUUGUUUGUGAGAGGUCAUUGUAAAGAAAUGUCUCUUUCUUGCGCUUUAUUUUAAAUUUAUUUAUUUUCCUUUAUUUUGAACGGAAAGAUAAAUUUUUUCAAGCAUGUUGAAGCAGUUAGAAAGAAGCCAUAACUUGAAAUAUACCAACAUAAUAUACUGGGACCAAACCUACUGGCUCUAUAACAAAAUGACUAUUUCAGAGACUUGAGGGCUUUUUUAUGAAGGAAUUAUAUUGCAUUUUAUAGCAAUAUAUAGGAAUAUAUUUACAUCUAUAGCAAUGAUCUUAAUAAACCCAGGAAGGUUAUUAUGAUAGAGUAUUAUGAGAUUAUAAAUGGUUCCUCAACCCACAGUGUGUGUUAAUGGGGAAUACUUUGUAAAUAUAAGAUUUAUUGACUAAAAUAGAUCAAAUCACCAAAAUCUGCCAGUAACCAACAACAUUUGAUGUGUCUUAACUACAGUUUUGCUUAUGUUUUAAUUUUGUUCAAGAAUGUUUUUUUUUUUUUUUGCAAUUACUUGACUAUGUGCCAAAAUUUGCUUGGCUGAAUAUUGCUGAAAUAUAUGCUUUUAUUUUAGUCAGUUCAACAUUUCAGGAAGCAAUGUCUUAGAAAUUACUGUAGGAUGAUAUUCUUCAUGUUUUGAAGUAACUAUAAGAAAACAUAGGAUUUACUGAAGUCACAUAAAAAUGUUUGUAUGGAAAAGGACAGAAACAUUGUUGAAAUGUUCACAGUGUUUCAGAUAUAUUGAAGUGGAUAAAAUAAAAACUGUUGGUAUACAACA